AUGGUCUUUUUCCACUUGGGCUCUUGUGGUGAUAUUUUUCUUGCCAAAGAACUAGCUUGGGACACUGGAAGCUCAGCUUUCCUGCUGAAUCCUUCUGGGAAAUGGAAUCUGGUAUGUGACGAUGAUUGGAAAGCCCCACUAACCACCUCCUUGUUUUUUGUGGGGGUGCUGAUUGGAUCCUUUAUAUCGGGACAGCUCUCAGACAGGUUUGGCAGGAAGACUAUUCUCUUUGCAACCAUGGCUGUGCAGACUGGCUUCAGCUUCGUGCAGAUCUUCUCUACCAGCUGGGAGAUGUUCACAAUACUGUUUCUUAUAGUUGGAAUGGGACAGAUCUCUAACUAUGUUGUGGCCUUCAUAUUAGGCACAGAAAUUCUUGGCAAAUCAGUUCGUAUUAUAUUCUCUACAUUAGGAGUUUGCAUAUUUUUUGCAAUUGGCUACAUGUUGCUGCCACUAUUUGCUUACUUCAUCAGAGACUGGCGGAUGCUGCUACUGGCUCUUACUGUACCUGGGUUGUUCUGCGUUCCACUGUGGUGGGUCAUUCCUGAAUCUCCCCGGUGGCUGAUCACUCAGAGAAGAUUUCAAGAGGCAGAAGUCAUCAUCCGAAAAGCUGCAAAGAUGAAUGGCGUUACAGCCCCAGAUGUGCUGUUUGACCCUGUGGAGAUGCAGGAUUUGAAUCUGCAGCAACAGCAGACGGCUGAUCUCUUUGACCUUUUCAGAAACCGAAACAUCGCAACAAUCACUGUUAUGUCCCUGCUUUUGUGGAUGCUGACAUCAAUUGGUUACUUUGGACUGUCACUCAGCACUCCUAACUUACAUGGAGAUGCCUACGUCAAUUGUUUCCUAUCAGCUGUCAUUGAAGUUCCAGCCUAUGUGAUUGCUUGGCUGCUCCUCCGGACCCUGCCUCGGCGGUAUUCGAUAGCUGGCACCUUGUUCUUAGGAGGAGGAGUUGUUCUCUUCAUUCAGCUGGUGCCCACAUCCCUACACAUCCUGUCAGUCAUCCUAGUAAUGCUGGGGAAGUUUGGGAUCACCUCAGCAUUCUCCAUGCUCUAUGUCUACACUGCUGAGCUCUACCCAACCAUAGUAAGAAACAUGGCUGUUGGAGCUACCUCUAUGUCUUCCAGAGUGGGCAGCAUCAUUGCACCUUACUUUGUCUACCUUGGUGCCUAUGAUAGGUUCCUGCCUUACAUUCUCAUGGGAAGCCUGACUGUACUGAUAGGGAUUGUUACUCUAUUCCUUCCGGAAAGCUAUGGAAAUCCUCUCCCCGAAAACUUGGACCAGAUGCUAAAAGUAAAAUGUUUCAAAACCAGACAGCAAAACAGCAACAUGAGGAAUUUAAAAGAAGCUCAAGAAAACCAUGAGAUUGAUCAUCCUGUCGUGAUUAAGGCUGUGCACGUCCAUGUGAUCUGAAAAACACCAAGGAUGUCUCCAAAACAAUUUCCUACUGAGGAAAAAAAUCAUAAUUAACACUAUAGGUCCUCUAUAAUUAUGACCCUACAAACCAUGGUGCUGUUGCACCAAAUACAUAUAUUAGCUCUAUAGAUGCCAUCUACUUUCAUUGGAUUCAUCAAAAAGAGUCAUGAGCGUCCUGAUUUUCAGAGGUUUCAAACAACUGCAAUCUUAAUUGAGAUGUUGGGAGCUGCAAGUGUGGUACACUUUUGAAAAUCAGGACACUCAUGAGCAUUAAGAACAAUGACAACAGUGACUCUAUGAAUCUUGGAUUCAAAAGCUGCUUAAGGGUGAAUUACAAGACCAAAUAAAAAUGUGGGUAUUUUCCCAACUAUGCAGAUUUACUGAUCAAAUGGGAAGUGCAUGUCUGUCUUCUGGCUCCUUUGAAAGGUACAUAAAUCUUUAUGGGAUAGAUCCUAUCCUCAUUUGAAGUCUGUGGCUAAACUCCAGCUGACAUUCAUAGCAAAGCACACGUGUGCCCUUUGAAUUACAGUAAGUACAUUUUAAAGUAAGAUGGUUGGAACCUCUUUUAGAUUUUGUUCACUGGACAGUACUAUAAAUUCCCCCAAAAACUGAUAUCUUUUAUUAGGUAAAUAGUUGGAAAAAUUGUUCUUUGCAAGC